GAAAGUUUUGCGAAAGUGGCUGCUGCUUCUACAACAGUACCAACAGCUUGCCCAACCUAUCCGCGAAUGAACAGUGCUGAGCCGGCUACUGUCCAAGCGCUUUGUACUGUUAUGCAUAUUCGAGAUGCGAUCAUCGAGCCCCUUGCAGCACCAGCAGUACAACGACCACACUUGCCGCUGGCCGUUGAAGAAAAUCCAUCUUCGGUUGCGGAACAGUUGCCAACCGUGAUCCGUCCAUUGCCAGCAGCACCAACAAAUCCCCAGAAUGUUGUCAGUGACACAUUGGACAAAAUUAUGGAUGUACGAGAACGAAUGAGUGCCGUGGAGAAAACAUGUGGUAUAAGUUGUUGUUCGGCUGAAAAGCAACAGCUCGAAGUGGAGCUAAAUAUUGCUAGCAGACAAAUACAGCAAGAAGAUGAUGCUGUUGUUGUAUCUGAAAGACGUCCAACUCUGGAAAAGCGCGUAAUUUUAUCAGAAGAUGCUCCAGUUUGGUCUCAGAAUUUUUUUAUUGAUGGUGAGUUCUCAGAUCUCUUCACCGAUGAAGUAUUUCAGUCACUGGAUGAUCGCACAAAGCAAGCAUGUCUUCUGAGGGAGUUGGAAGCUAUUGACAAGAAGAUUGAAAAUCUUAGCGUUUCAGCUGAGUCUAUCGCUUCACCGGAACGUAAAUAA